AUGCCAGAUGAUAAGAAGAAAGACCUAAGGAAGGAAUCGGUGGAGAGCGUGUACAGCAGCAACUCGCGGCUGAACCUGCUCAGCAAGAGGAAGCGGGCGGUGCCGCAGGGCGUGGCGAUGGCGCACCAGCUGGGCAGGGGCGAUCGCUACGUGACGCAGAGGGUGCUCUCGGCGAAGACGCACAGGGUGAAACAGCUGCAGAACCAGUUGGCCGACGCUCACUACCAUCUGCAGGAACUCAGCAAUGAAAAUCGUGUAUUGCGUGCGAUGCAAAAGAAGCAAGAAAUCGCUUUGCAAAGAUACGAGAACUCGAACGCGGAGCUGCCACAGGUGUUGAACUCGCACAACGAGGAGAUGCGCGUGCAGCAGAGCAGGUGCAAGCAGCUGCGCCAGCAGUGCCGCGAGAUGGCGGCGCGCCUCAAGGAGCGCGACCUCCAGCUGCAACAGCUGCGGGACGAGCACCACCACCUGUUGGAGCUCGCCAAGGACAAGGGUUUGCCGGAACGCGAGAAGUUGCUCAACCAGGUGAGGGAGCUGAGCGCCAAGGUGGAGGAGCAGGCGGAGACGAUAUCCGCCCUCCAACGGCGGCUCGCGCUGGAGGCGAAGAACUUCAAGCACCAGCUGCGCCAGGAGAUGAGCAAGCACAAGGACACGAGGCAUGACCUCGACCUGGCCAUCAGCAACGCGGACAAGCUGUCGACCAUCAUCGAGAUGAAAGAAAAAAUGCUGAGCACAGCCGCCAGCCGCGUGGUGAAGUCUCCAGUGAAAAGCAGCUCGACUUUGAAUGUGGUCCGUCCGCUCAGCAAGACGACCAAGAGUGUGGAGUCCACCGCGCUGCGAGCGAACGAACAACGGAUGAACGUCGACCAUAACGUCAUUGCGAAGCUAUGCGAGAACUCUCGCUCUGUCAGCAGUGCGCUAUCGAACGAGGAAGAUACUAGCUCUUCCACCGAGCCACGCUCACGUUAUGCCCGCAGCUUCAACUCCACUAGCAGCCGCUCCACCCCUUCCACCCUCAACCCCAAAAAGGGCCCCAAGGGCGAUGACGUCGUCGAAAUCGCCAAAGCCGUGCAGAACGGCAUGGCCGACCUGGCCAUCGCCGACGAGGACAACGCGUUGCAGAACUGCUCCCCAGAAGAGAUGCAGGAGAGGAUGGAGAUCCUAAAAGCCGACUUACUGAAGAAGAUAAAGAGCAACGACGAGCCGCUUUCCAGGCGGAACAGCGGCCUGAGGAGGAAAUCAACGGAAGAGUCCAUAGAGGAGCAGAUAGAAGUAGAAACAGAGAUCGAGCGGCCCAAAUCCAGAGGGAGAAGGAACUCGAGCGUCUCCUUCUACGAGAGCGUAGAAGAGACGACCACGAAAAUCGUCGUGAACGACAUCACUAACGACGCGGAUAAGAAGGCGAAGAGGCAAGCGGCCAAACCAAUAGAGACGUACUGCAAAGGCAUCAUGCAGGACUUGGAGAAGAGCAGCAAGGUGAUAGACAGGCACAUCAAGCAGUUCAACAGCACGAAACACGACAGCGACCGCUUGGUGGAGCGGCUCCGCGCCGUGGACAAGGUCAACGACCUCGUCAACUCCAACGGGGGAAUCCCCGAGGCGGCCCUGUCGGAGCUGAAUGACAACUUCAAGGCGCUGACCGACCAGGUGUUGGACUCCGCGCCCGCGCUGAGGAAGCGCUCCGUCUCCGGCCGGAGGAGCACCAGGCCGGAGCCCAGGAGCCCAGGAGCCAGGAGCGACCUCCUGGGGGACCUGAACAUGACCAACCAGGACCUGCUGGAUGACCUGUUGGGGAAGAAA